GGAGCUGUUACGCCCGAUCACAGCAGGCAACAUAUCAAAUAUAUUCCUCUUUCAAAUAAACAAACCACACAUUGAAUAUGGCCAGCCCAAGUCAACCUGGUUGCUCAAAGAGGCCCUCCCCAGUUCAUGUCAUCGUGGAGCGAACGUGUAGGAGUAUUACGCAAAUAAUCAACAAGUAUAAACAAAAAAUAUAUUUCGAAACGCGCCAGGAGCUAGCCAAAUCAAAAUGCCGAGACUGUGGCCAUUUGAUUGGACGCUGCAACUUUGAUCUAAUGAAUAAGGGACGACGUUUUAAUUUUAUGAGAUGCGAAGAAAUAGGCGCCGGCGUUUUUAUUGUUACAAUGUCGAUCUUGCUUGGACUGGGCCUCUUCUUCAUACGACGAUACAAUCAGACUUUUAUCUAUGGAUCUGGCGGCUGUAAGGCGACCAUUUUUUGGACCAACAACGAUUGCCAGAUAUUAGCUUAGGCAACGUUAUUCCCGAGGUAAAUCCUGUCUUAUCGAUCUUUAAGAUUUCAGGAGCUUGCAUAUUUAGGUUUAUGUGAAGUUAAUAAAUACAGAACUGAGACUAGGAUAAUAU